AAUUCUCAAAGUUCCUCCAACCACAGGGCACCCACACACUCUGCCCACAACAUGUUUGUGAAACCGAUUUUAUUGUUAUUUUGUAGUAAAUGUACUGUAUUUACAGUUUGCUUCAUCUUUAGCGGUGUAUAGGUAAAUACAGGAAAAUAUGUGCAUGUAUCAAAGCUAAAUAAACCAAAGAUGGACAACCAUGCGUGGGAUCUCAACGGCCUCUGGGUUAGUGGAUUAAUCAUUGAUGGUGUUCAUUUUUUGACGGAGAAUCGACACAUCUUAUAAACUGGGCACAGGCCUGUGCCCAGUUAGUCGGUCAACUUUGGUAUUCGGGUCACAGAGCAUACUCAAGACAGCUCAGUCUUGACAGAUCUUUUACCUCUUAUGCUUGAUACGCAUCAGUUAAAUCAGACGCAUCCGCCACGCCUUUGUUGAAUGAAAGCAGACCUCAAAGACCAAACUAUAAAAUGGAAGCUUUUACAUCGUGUAAGGAAUUGUGGAAGCCUAAAACCUUCAACAAGUUCAGUUUUACAUUUAAUGUUGUUUGGAUUGUAAUCGGAAUAGUAUUGUUUGGAGUGUUUCAUGACGUGGAAAUCAACGAAUCGAGGUUUGAUUUCCGCUGUGAUGUGAACUCCGCCAUGGUCGACAAGGACUUUAUCCGAGGAAAGUGUUUGGUGCUUUACGAGAAGGUUUACAACAAACUCUCUGUUCCUCUUUACGGUUUUGUGAUUGUUGUCUUCUUUCUACCUCUGAUUGUUUGCGUUAUAUAUUCCCAGUCUGUAAAAUCAAGAAUUCGUCAACUUGAAACAAGAAACACAGUUGAAGAAGAAGCGCAACCGGUGAACGCAAGACCGCAAAGAAAGCUCUUUGCACUUUACGUUUGUCAACUUGCCAUAAGGCUUUGUCUCGGGAUUAUUUUUAUCGUCGUUCUACUAACUGAAGUAUUUUAUCCUCGUGAAUUUCCAUCAGACUUUAAGUGUAACCUCAUGAGAGAAGUCAAUCAAACAGCGAAUUCAACUGGGAACACACAAACUCCAAUUUAUGAAUGCAACAGCCAGAGAGCGUAUAAGAAAACCUUUUGGGUGUAUGCUGUAAGUGGGGCGAGUGGACUCCUUGCAAUGGCCCCCUUGAUUGAGAUUUUGUUUAUCUUGUCGCGAGCGAGAAAAGGAACAAAGUUUAUGGACGACUUACAGUUUUAUUCUGAUCAUCUUAAAACAAAUGACUAUUCCCCGGAAGCGCUGCGGCUGGAACAGUCACAUUGGGGACUUUCAGUUCAGCUGCAAACUUCAAUCAGGCGGAUGAAAGAAAGGGUCACAAAAAACACUAAGCAACUUAAGGAUCUCUUUUCACCUUACAGACCAAACCCUGGUGAAGGCAAUAAACCUAAAGAUCUUAAACUCGACCAAAUUUUUACUAAUUUAAUCAUUUAUCCUGGGAGAGCCUAUUAUGACUUUCCUAAAAACAGGCGGGAACAGUUGAAAGUGUAUCCCAAACCAGAAAAUAAUUUACGGCCAACAAGACCCGGAGAUAUUGUUGAUGUGCAGCACAAAAAUAUUCUUAUUGUCGGUCGCCCUGGAAUUGGAAAAACAUUGUUUUGCACGAAGUUUAUGCGCGACUGGGCAUCCGAGCGCUUAUUCGACGAAGCGCAUACACAAUUACGAUAUGAUGUCGCUUUCCUUUUCAAAUUUAAAAGACUGAACUCUACAGCAGACCUUAACCUUCGAGAACUACUAAAUCUUUCUGAAUUUUGUUCAACUGUGGAUGAUGAGCUCUGGAACUACAUUCUUGAAAACCCAAACAAAGUACUUUUUAUUUUCGAUGGAAUUGACGAAUUCUCUGCCAGAGAAAACAUAAAUAAAGACGACUCAAGAAAUGCUCAAGCCAAUAUUGAAGAGAAAAUGCCUUUGUAUGCUUUGUAUAAGAAGAUUGCGUCUGGAAAACUCCUUGAGGGAGCCACUGUUUUAACGACUACAAGACCUACUGCUGUAUCAUGCUUAAGGGAUCUCGAGUUCAGUAGAGUAGUUGAAAUUCUUGGAUUUUCUUCCCAGCAAGUUGAAAACUAUGUAGGGAAGUUCACAGAUGAUGACAAGGGUGCGAAAGAAACAGUAUGGCAACACAUCAGCAACAACGUUAACCUCUUUUCAUUAUGCUACAUUCCUGUUAACUGUUUCAUCAUUUGUUCGUGUUUGCUACACAUUCUGAAGAACUUACCUGCCAAUUCCUCUCAUGCUUUAGCUAGCCUACCAACAAAGCUCACCCAUAUAUACAGCUUCGCCAUUAAGCUAUUUUUCUUCAGGCACAGUGACAGAUACCGCAAUGAAACUGUUAGUCAGGACGAAUUUUUUAAACCGUUUGAUAACUUGGCUAGACAGGUGCAAGAAGAUUUCAAAAAACUUGGAAGCAUUGCUUUCAAAGGAAUUGAAGAAGGGAGACUAACGUUUGAAUCUGAUGAAGUUGGGAAACUGGAAGAUUGUGGCCUACUCCAUCGUUUGCCUGAUUUAAACACUAUGGCAGAGCGACCAGACAGAGGACCUAAAGCUCAAUACUGUUUCCUGCAUCUUACUAUGCAAGAGUUUCUUGCAGCGAAGCAUAUCACAGAUACAAUGAAUAAGGAAGAAUUGCGAAAAUUUGUUUCAAGUCACAUCGAGGAUGGUCAAUGGGAAGUAGUGUUGCAGUUUGUAGCUGGGCUUCUCAGUGACCGAGAUGAACAACUGACCGAUAUUUUCAUUAACCUUCUGCCAAUGUCGACAGACAAGUCCGGCAUGGUAACCUGCUGGCCAAGUAAGAAAGACAAACAUUUAGCAAUGACGUUAUGUCACUGUUUAUAUGAGAUCGAUGCAAGGGAUUCAGCUGUACAAAAAAAAAUAAGAGAGAUUGGUUUUAAUGCUUUAGUGUUGAGGAGCUGUAAGUUAGGACCUGCUGAUUGUACUUCAAUAGUCAAUUUUCUUAAAAUGCAUGAUGAAAUUUUAAUGAUUGAUUUAAAAGAUAACAAUAUUGGCUCCCUCGGGUGUAAAGAAAUAUGCAAGUUGUUAAAUAGGGGUGAUAGUGGUAGUAACUGCAAAUUAAAUAGCUUAAACCUCGUCGAGAACGAUAUAAGCGAUGAAGGAGUAAAGUGUUUGGCUGAAGCACUAACAGACAGUAAUUGCAAACUUAAAAGCUUAAACCUUUCUAGUAACAACAAUGUAACAGAUGAAGGAGUAAAGUAUUUGGCUAACGCACUGAAGCAUAGUAAUUGCAGCCUAGAGAGAUUAGUCCUCUCUGAAAACAGUAUAACCGAUCAAGGAGUAAAGUAUUUGGCUCAAGCACUAAAGCACAGUGACUGCAAACUAAACAGCUUAGUCUGUCAAGGAAAUAAUAUAACCGAUCAAGGAGUAAAGUAUUUGUCUAAAGCACUAGAUCACAGUAAUUGCAAACUAACCAGCUACGAGUUCUCGUUGUCUAUGGAUAAUUCGCCCACAAGUUGCGUAGUGCAAAGUGGACUAUUUGACUCUUAGGCUAUGUUCACUAUACCGCCAUAGUAUGAAAACCCAUCCGACAUGUGAGUCUCCAGAUUCGGGGCCACGCAGCUUCACUCUGUUACAGAAAUCGCGCCGAAAUCACCCAGUUCCUGCCUGUGUGUGAACAGAAGCCCUAUCCGGUGUGGCUCAUCUUGCCGACGCAUGCGCUAUCCGAUAUAGUGUGUAUAUAGCCUAAUUGUUUUAGAGCGGUUUUCACUUGACUGUCGAAAGGGAUUGGUUUUGGUUUUGGUUUUGGUUUUACUACGCCCUUUGGUUGGCUAGUGUAUUUACUUUGGUUUUGGUUUUACGACAGUCAAGUGAAAACCGCUCUAGUUCACACCGAUAAACUUGCAUUCUACCUUUAAUUUCACAUUA